CUAUAAGGCUUUGAAAUUGUCACCAUCAGUGAGGGCAUUGCCUCUCAAGCUUUUUAGUUUUAACUUUGUUCUUCACUUUCACCUUUUCUUAUACAUGAAGUAUUCAGCCAUUUUGUGAAAAAACCAAUUUUCCAUAGAAAGAAAAGUACAACUUUGGAGUCAAACUCUCAUUAUCUUUUCAACUGAGUCCCUCCAUAUUAAGUGUUUAUAAGGAGUUCAGGUUCUAAAGAAUUACAGAAAUCUUGAAUUUGUUCAAGAAAGCCAUUGGUUUUUCCAUUUUUUUUCCAUCGGCAAUCUUCCCAAUAUCCCAUUUAUAUAAUCUUAUAACAACACUUCCGGCCAGGUAGAGCACAUCUUGUGAAAGUACUCAUUUAGAAACUUAUAGAAAAAGGGAAGUUAAUCAAAAUGGGAGUUGAAGGCACUUGGGAGUACUUCUCCAAUUUGGUUAACAAACACAGGAAGAAGAAGAAGCAGAUGCAAACAGUAUCCUUAAAGGUUCGUAUGGACUGCGAGGGCUGCGGCCGCAAGAUGAAGCAAAUCAUGUCUCGUGUUAAGGGCGCGAAGAAAGUGGAUGUGGAUGUGAAGCAAAUGAAGGUGACAGUAACAGGUUACAUAGAGCCAAAGAAGGUGUUGAAGGCAGCACAAGCAACAAAGAAAAAGGUGGAGAUGUGGCCUUAUGUUCCAGUUUCAUUGGAGCCAUAUCCAUAUAUAUCAGCCUCUUAUGACAAGAAGGCUCCUCCAAAUAUGGUUAGGAGUGUUCCAAACACAGCCACCAUUACUGAGACUCUUGUCAAUGAAAACUAUGUUCGAAUGUUUAGUGAUGAUAAUCCCUACGCUUGUUCUAUCAUGUAAUUCAUAACUACCUAUUUGUUUUCCCUUCAUUCUAAAAACUAAUACUCUACACUUUUACAUAUACUGCCCUAACCUAUAAUAUGUCUUUGGUAUUUUGUUCAUUA